AUGCAGAUUUUUGUCAAGUCGGCGGCCGGCAAGACCAGCGCCAUUCAGGCCUCGGCGCAGGAGACUGUCGCCAGCCUCAGGUUAAAGGCCGGUGUCUGCGAUGGCACUCUCUUCUACGGCGGCCAGUGCCUCUGCGACGAGGCCACCCUUGCCGAUUACGGCCUGCAGCGCGAGAGCACCAUCCAGGUGAUGCUUCCCGUUGAGGGCGGUAAGGGGAAAAAGAAGAAGAAGAAGGUCUUCACGAAGCCUAAGAAGCCGAUCCACCGCCAUAAGCUGGAGAAGAUGCGGGCUCUCAAGUACUUCAAGGUGACGGAAAACGACGACGGCUCCUUCAGGGUGGAGCGCACCCGGGACGAGUGCCCCAAUCCGGUCUGUGGAGCUGGAGUCUUCAUGGCUCAGCACAAGGAUCGCAAGUACUGCGGCAAGUGCCACCUGACGUACGCUGCAAAGUAG